UGAAUUUGUUGUUUGUUUCCAUAUAUGACUCCUCCCCUAAAAUUGCAUUGUUCCAAUUGAAAGAAAAUGAACUUUUUUACCCUUCGAAUUAGAAGAAUUUUAAGUUUCAAUCAUUCAGUUCACUAGGUUUUCUUCUACAAUGUAAUAAUGUUUUUAUUGCUCAACGAAUUUUCUGUUUCUUUCUCUUGCUGAUAAUAGUCAUUUUUGUGUUGAGUCCAUCAUGAUAUCUUGGCUUUUAUGAACGUCUUUGUAGUGCAUUUUGUUGUUGAGAACCUUGCUUGUGUAGAGGAUAUCUGAUCUCAUACCAUUGUUAGUCUAAGCUUCCACAUGGUUGAUCAUUUUUGCAUCACGGAGAUUUUAAGACUUUACUUGUGUUGAGUCCCUCUUGCCAACAUUUUGGUUGGACAGUAGCAUGUUAGGAAUUUUUGUUUUUAGUGACGAUUAACAGCUUAUCUUUCUUAUCUUUUUUAUUGGAUGAUGACUACAGGUCCUUUUAGCGGAUUAGGACUUGGCUUGUGUCUUGUAUCCCUUGAGAGUACCUUAUAUUACCUUGCAUUUUUAGGUUCUAUUGCAAUGGAGGCCCCAACACUGAACUCAGAACGCAGGCAAUUCUCAAUUAAACUAUGGCCUCCUAGCCCAAAUACAAGGCAAACACUUGUGGUGCGGAUGACGAACAAUCUUGCCACUAACUCAAUUUUUACCCAGAAGUAUGGCUGUCUCAGCAAAGAAGAGGCUGAGGAGAAUGCAAAACGAAUUGAGGAUGUGGCUUUUGCCACUGCAAACCAAAACUACGAAAAGGAGCCAGAUGGUGAUGGUGGUUCUGCAGUUCAGCUUUAUGCCAAGGAGUGUAGCAAGCUCCUCCUGGAAGUUCUUAAAAGAGGCCCUAGAAGCAAGGCAGACACCACAUCUGAGGAAACUUUCUUUGAUAUAUCAAAGGGUCAACGAGCCUUUAUUGAGGCAGAGGAGGCUGAGGAACUCCUAAGGCCACUGAAAAAGAAAGGAAAUUCUUACACUAAAAUAUGCUUCAGCAAUAGAAGUUUUGGUUUAGGAGCAGCCCGUGUUGCUGAGCCCAUUCUGGUUUCCCUGAAGGAUCAGUUAAAAGAAGUAGACCUGUCAGAUUUCAUCGCAGGAAGACCAGAGACAGAAGCUCUUGAAGUCAUGAAUAUAUUCUCAGCUGCACUGGAAGGUAGUGCUUUGAAGUCUCUGAAUCUUUCAAACAAUGCCUUGGGUGAGAAGGGCGUUAGGGCAUUUGGGGCACUCCUGCAUUCACAGGCUUGCUUGGAGGAGCUUUAUUUAAUGAAUGAUGGCAUCUCUGAGGAAGCUGCUCGAGUGGUUUCUGAGUUAAUUCCCUCCACAGACAAGCUAAGAGUCCUGCAAUUUCAUAAUAACAUGACAGGAGAUGAGGGAGCACUUGCUAUCUCUGAGGUUGUAAAGCGUUCUCCAUUAUUGGAGGACUUCCGUUGCUCCUCUACAAGGAUAGGUUCUGAAGGGGGAGUUGCAUUAUCGAAAGCACUCGAAACUUGUACCCAUUUGAAGAAGCUUGACCUGCGGGACAACAUGUUUGGUGUGGAAGGUGGACUUGCCCUGAGUAAAGCUCUUUCCAAGCAUUCAGAUUUAUCUGAGGUUUACCUGAGCUACCUGAACUUGGAAGACGAGGGUUCAAUUGCCAUACUGAAAGUUCUUAAGGAAACAACUCCUUCACUCGAAGUCUUGGAGAUGGCGGGAAAUGACAUAACAGCUGAAGCUGCUCCAGUUAUUGCUGCUUGUAUUGCGGCAAAGCAAAUCACCAAGUUGAACCUGGCUGAGAAUGAACUUAAGGAUGAAGGUGCAAUCCAGAUCAGCAAGGCAUUAGAAGGUCAUUCCCAAUUAAAGGAAGUUGAUUUUAGUGCCAACCUAGUAAGAAGGGCCGGGGCUCGGGUUUUGGCUCAGGUUGUGGUUCAGAAGCCCAAGUUUAAGUUGCUGAAUAUCAAUGGGAAUUUCAUCUCUGAUGAAGGCAUUGAUGAGAUCCAGGAUGUAUUCAAGAAAUGUCCUGACAUGCUUGGGCCAUUGGAUGAGAAUGACCCAGAAGGAAGGGAGGAUGAUGAAGAAUCAGGUGAGGGUGAAGGUAAUGAGGAUGAACUUGAAUCAAAACUGAAGAACCUGGAAGUUAACCAAGAGGAUUAGAGGUUCACCUAUGGAAGGUGUUUUCGUUUGGUUUCUGAACGAGUAGCCUAUUGGAACAUUAAUAAUUGUAGGACAGGACAUUUUGGGUUUGCCUGUUUUGUUGAAUCUACAGUCUGCAUGAGCAGGCUGUGGCAAUUUUUCAGAAGGAUGAUAGGUGCCAUGAUUAGUAUCUAUCUUUUCUCUAUCAAAUUUGCCUAUUUGGAAACCUGCAUAGGUUAGUCAUCUAAUGCAAUAGCAUAUCUUGUAAUGGAUCUUGCUCUAAUUGUAGCCUAAGACCAUUUUCUCUGUUGUGAUCAAUUCUUGACGGUCAAGUUGCCUGACAUCUUUCUCUUCUUUUGGACCUUUUAGUUUUUUUUGUUAUGCAUCCAGCUCUACUGGUGUGAUAUGCUUUAUGAGGUUCUAAAA